AUGGCUGAUUAUCACAAGCCCGACCAGCAGACUCAGCAGGCCCUGAGAGACACAGCCAACAGGCUGAGGAUCCUGUCCAUCCAGGCCACUACAGCAGCUGGAUCUGGACAUCCAACAUCAUGUUGCAGCGCAGCCGAAAUUAUGUCCGUGCUGUUCUUCCAUACCAUGAAGUAUAAGCCUCAGGACCCCAAGAAUCCCAACAAUGAUCGCUUCGUAAUGUCUAAGGGUCAUGCAGCUCCCAUUCUCUAUGCAGCCUGGGCAGAGGCCGGAUUUGUGCCUGAAUCAGAACUGUUCAACCUCAGAAAGCUGGAUUCCAUCCUGGAGGGACAUCCAGUACCGAGGCAAGAAUUUACAGAUGUAGCCACAGGAUCACUGGGACAGGGGCUGGGGGCUGCUGCCGGCAUGGCUUACACCGGAAAAUACUUUGAUAAAGCAAGCUACCGAGUGUACUGUUUGCUUGGAGAUGGAGAGACUUCAGAAGGUUCUGUCUGGGAAGCCAUGAACUUUGCUGGUUUGUACAAGCUGGAUAACCUUACAGCCAUCAUCGAUGUUAACCGCCUUGGACAAAGUGAUCCUGCCCCUCUACAGCACAAAGUAGAGACCUACCAGAAACGCUGUGAGGCCUUUGGGUGGCAUAGUGUUGUUGUGGAUGGGCACAGCGUGGAAGAGCUGUGUAAAGCACUCACUGGUGUGAAGAACCAGCCAACUGCAAUCAUUGCCAAAACCUUCAAGGGCAAAGGAAUCUCAGGUGUGGAAGAUAAGGAAAGCUGGCAUGGAAAGCCACUUCCAAAAGACUUGGCAGAGAGCAAACCAUCAAGGAGAUUGAAAGCAAAAUCCAAAGCAAAAAGAAGUUAACACCUGCACUCCCUGUGGAGGAUGCACCAUCUGUCUCCAUUAAGAAUAUCAAGAUGCCUUCUGCACCUAAUUUCAAGAUGGGUGACAAGAUUGCUACUCGCAAGGCUUAUGGUCUUGCCCUUGCUAAGGUGGGACAAUGCUGUGACAGAGUUAUCGCUCUGGAUGGUGAUACCAAGAACUCAACAUUCUCUGAGCUGUUUAAAAAAGAGCACCCAGACCGUUUCAUCGAGUGUUACAUAGCUGAACAGAACAUGGUGAGCAUAGCUGUUGGCUGCACCACUCGGGAUCGUACUGUUGCCUUUGCCAGUGCAUUUGCCACAUUCUUCACAAGAGCCUUUGAUCACAUCAGAAUGGCAGCCAUCUCUGAGAGCAACAUUAACCUUUGUGGGUCUCACUGUGGAGUUUCUAUUGGUGAAGAUGGUGCAUCUCAAAUGGGCCUGGAAGAUCUAACCAUGUUCAGAGUUGUCCCCAAUGCAACUGUCUUUUACCCAAGUGAUGCAGUGUCUACAGAGAAAGCAGUGGAGCUUGCUGCAAACACAAAGGGAAUUUGCUUCAUUAGAACAAGUCGCCCAGAGAACGCUGUUAUCUACAACAAUAAUGAGGAAUUCAAGAUUGGUCAUGCCAAGGUGGUGCACCAGAGCAAAGACGAUCAGGUGACAGUCAUUGGUGCUGGGGUCACUUUGCAUGAAGCCCUUGCUGCAGCAGAUCAGCUGAAGAAAGAAAAGAUAAAUAUCCGUAUUAUCGAUCUAUUCACCAUCAAACCUCUGGAUAAACAAACCAUCCUUGAAAGUGCCAAAGCCACCAAAGGCCGAAUUAUAACUGUGGAGGACCAUUACUAUGAAGGUGGUUUUGGAGAGGCAGUGGCAGCUGCUAUGGUUGGAGAGCCUGGAAUUACAGUGAAGUCAUUGGCAGUAUCCGGAGUUCCUCGCAGUGGCAAACCAGCAGAGCUUCUCAAGAUGUUUUGUAUCGAUAAAGAUGCUAUUGUGAAAGCCGUUAAAAACAUAGUCUAA